CCAAACCCGAAAAACAGAGGCGCUGGGAGCCAGGAUGUGAGACACACAGGUCCCGCCACGGCCCCGCCCUCUGCCGGUUCUAAACCGCAAAGUCUCUCUGCUUCGCGCCCGGCCGCUACCCGGCCCAGGCCCCGCCCACCACCUCGCGGGCCCGCCGAGGCCUGGCUUCUGUCCUGCGCGCGCAGAUUCUCGCAAAUCUGGAAGCGGAUCGCGUGGAGUGACGGUCACACCGCGGCGGGUUUCUAUGAUGACCGGAUGUUCCUAAGUCUUCGCACAUCAGGGCCACAGCCCCAACCUCACAGGAAACAGGCAAUUUACUUAUAUAGAAGGUUGUGCCCUCACAGAGGGAGCAACGAAUUAAUUUCCAAAGACUCAUGUUACAUGAGAAAGCUACCAAGAAGACCAAAGAAAAGGAGACAAGGAUGGCUCUUCCUCAGGCUGGAGUGCAGUGGUGCAAUCUUGGAUCACUUCAAACUCUGCUCUCCAGGCUCAAGCAAUCCUCCCACCUCAGCCUGGGAUGUGGCUAUAGAAUUCUCUUUGGAGGAGUGGAAAUGCCUGAACCCUGCACAGAGGGCUUUAUACAGGGCCGUGAUGUUGGAGAACUACAGGAACCUGGAGUCUGUGGAUAGCUCUUUAAAAUCCAUGAUGGAGUUCUCAUCAACAGGACAUGGUAAUACAGGAGAACUGAUCCACACAGGGACAUUGCAAAGACAUAAAAGUCAUCAGAUUGGAGAUUUUUGCUUCCCAGAAAUCAAGAAAGAUAUUCAUGACUUUGAGUUUCAGUGGCAAGAAAUUAAAAGAAAUGGCCAUGAAGCACCCAUGACAAAAAUCAAAAAGUUGACUGGUAGUACAGACCGACGUGAUCAAAGGCAUGCUGGGAACAAGCCUAUUAAAGAUCAGCUUGGAUCAAGCUUUUAUUCACAUCUACCUGAACUGCACGAAUUUCAGACUGAAGGGAAAAUUGAUAAUCAAGUGGAGAAGUCUAUCAACAAUGCUUCCUUCGUUUCAACAUCCCAAAGAAUUUCUUGUAGGCUCAAAACCCAUAUUUCUAAUAGGUAUGGGAAGAACCUUCUCCAUUCUUCAUUAUUCACACAAAUCCAGGAAGAACACAUGAGAGAAAAACCUUUCCGAUGUAAUGAGUGUGGCAAAGCCUUUAAUUAUAGCUCACAUUUAAGAAGACAUCAUGUAACCCAUUCAGGAGAGAAACAAUACAAAUGUGAUGUAUGUGGCAAAGUGUUUCAUCAAAAGCAAUACCUUGCAUGGCACCAUAGAGUUCAUACUGGAGAAAAACCUUACAAGUGUAAUGAGUGUUCCAAGACCUUCGGUCACAAGUCAUCCCUUACACGCCAUCAUAGACUUCAUACUGGAGAAAAACCUUACAAGUGUAAUGAGUGUGGUAAGACCUUCAGUCAGACGUCAUCCCUUGUAGGGCAUCGUAGACGUCAUACUGGAGAGAAACCUUACAAAUGUGAAGGAUGUGACAAAGUUUACAGUUGCAGAUCACAACUUGAAACACAUAGGCGAAUUCAUACUGGAGAGAAACCUUACAAAUGUAAGGUUUGUGACAAAGCUUUUAGGCAUAAUUCAUGCCUUUCACGCCAUAACAGAGUUCAUACUGAAGAGAAACCUUACACAUGUAAUGAAUGUGGCAAGGUUUUCCAGCGUGAUUCAUACCUUGCACAACAUCAGAGAGUUCAUACUGGAGAGAAACCUUACACAUGUAAUGAAUGUGGUAAGGUUUUUAAUCAAAAAGCACACCUUGCAUGUCAUUAUAGGCUUCAUACUGGAGAGAAACCUUACAAGUGUAAUGAGUGUGGCAAGACCUUCAGUCAGAAGUCAUCCCUUGUGGGCCAUCGUAGACUUCAUACUGGAGAAAAACCUUACAACUGUCAUGAGUGUGGCAAGACCUUUGCUCGAAAUUCAUCCCUUCUAAUUCAUAAGGCAAUUCAUACUGGAGAGAAACCUUACAAGUGUAAUGAAUGUGGCAAGGUUUUUAAUCAACAAUCAAACCUUGCACAACAUCAGAGAGUUCAUACUGGAGAGAAACCUUACAAGUGUAAUGAGUGUGGCAAGACCUUCAGUCAUAUGUCAUCCUUUGUAUACCAUUAUAGACUUCAUAGUGGAGAGAAACCUUACAAGUGCAAUGAGUGUGGCAAGACCUUCAGUCAUAUGGCAUCCUUUGUAUGCCAUCAUAGACUUCAUACUGGAGAAAAUCCUUAUAAGUGCAAUGAGUGUGGCAAAGCCUUUAGUGGGCAGUCAUCACUUAUUCAUCAUCAAGCAAUCCAUGGUAUAGGGAAACUUUACAAAUGUAAUGAUUCUCACAAAGUCCUCAGUAAUGCUACAAGCAUUGCAAAUAAUUAGAGAAUCCAUAAUGAAGAGAGAUCUUACAAGUGUAGUAAAUGUGGCAGAUAUUUCAGACAUUGUUCAUAGCUUGCAGUUCAUCAGCGAACUCAUACUGGAGAGAAACGUUACAAAUGUCAUGAUUGCAGCAAGGUCUUCAGUCAAGCUUCAUCUUAUGCAAAACACAGGAGAAUUCAUAUGGGAGGGAAACCUCACAACUGUGAUAAUUGUGGUGAAGUCAUUUUUUUUUUCUUUUUUCAGAUGAAGUCUUACUCUUUUGUCCAGGCUGGGGUGCAGUGGCAUGAUCUCGGCUCACUGCAACCUCCACCUCCCAGGUUCAUACGAUUCUCCUUCCUAGCCUCCUGAGUAGCUGGGACUACAAGCAUACUCCACCAAGCUUGGCUAUCUUUUAUGUUUUUAGUAGAGACAGGGUUUCACCAUGUUGGCCUGGUUGCUCUCAACUCUUGAUCUUGUGAUCCGCCUGCCUCGGCCUCCCAAAAUGCUGGUAUUACAGGCAUGAGCCACCAUGCCCAGUGUGGCAAUGUCUUUACAUUCACACCACAUUAGACAUCAGGGAAUCUAUACUGGACAGAAAUCUUACAAAUGGAAUAGGUGUGGCAAUGUCUUUAGUCUGAGGUCACUCCUUGCAGAAGAGUAGAAAAUUCAUUUUUGAGAUAAUUGUCCCAAAUACAAUGACUAUAGAAAAUAACAAACUUUAAUUGACAUUAGAGUCAAUUCAGCAUUGACUAGAGUUUGAGUUGACUUAACAUUGAGUUCAAGCAUUAAUUGACAUAAAAAGUGUUUACGUUAAGAGGAAUGGGCAGGGUACAGUUGCUCACACCUGUAAUCCCAGCACUUUGGGAGGCCAAGGCAGGCAGAUCACUUGAGGUCAGCAGUUUGAGACCAGCCUGGCCAACAGACCUGAACCAGUUUGCCCAGCCUGUUUUUUCUUUCCUUCUUUCUUUCUUUUCUUUUCUUUUUUUUUUUUUUUUUUGAGACAGAGUCUUUCUCUUGUCACCCAAGCUGGCGUGCAAUGGCACAAUUUUGGUUCACUGCAACCUCCACCUCCUGCAUUCAAGCAAUUCUCUUUUCUAAGCCUCCCAAAUAGCUGGGAUUUCAGAUGUGUGCCACCACACCACAUAGUCCCUCUCCACAGAGAUGGUUCAGAAGGCUGAUGGAAAAGCCAGAUACUUGUUCUACAGCUUGCCCUGACACUAGUAUAUCAUCCACAUACUGGAGCAUAGAUAUACACUUUGGGAUGCUCAUCUUUUCUAACACCUCCUCAAGAAUUUGGCCAAACAAGUUAGGAGAAUCUGUAAAUCCUUGGGGUAAGACUCUCCAGCAGUAUUGUUGUUUUCACCCAGAGUGAGGAUAUUCCCAUUCAAAAGUGAAUAUAUCCUGACUAUCUUCAGCUAAAGGACAUGCCCAGAAGGCAUCUUUCAGGUCUAUUUCUGUAAACCACUGAUGGUCAUAUGGAAUUUUGCUGAGAAUAGUAUAUGGAUUGGGAACAACAGGAUGAGUGGUUUGAACAAUUUGAUUAAUGGCUUGAAGAUCUUCUACAAGCCAGUAUCACCAAUCUGACCACUUUACAAGUAAUAUUGGAGUAGUAUAGGGAGACAUGCACAGUUCAAGUAACCCAUCUCAGAUAAGGCUCUCAAUUAGAGGUUUUAAACCUAAUCAACCUUCUAAGGGAAUUGGAUAUUGGUUUCUUUUCACUGUUUCCCUGGGAGUUUUUAACUUUACGUAACUUGGAGGAACUUGUAGCUUCCUUCAGUUUCCCUCCCUUGACCACUCAUUAGCAUUGAUGUAGCUUUCCUCUGCUGUAGUAAACACGUUUAACGAAGUGAAGAAUCCUUCUGGGCUUACAUGCAAGCCUAUACCUAACUUUACCAUUAGGCCACUUCCUAACAAGUUUGUCCCAGCCUUAGGAAGUAGCAAAAAUUUAACAUUGGUUGAUCGGGUUUCAAAUCUGACUUCUGUUUUUUCUGAGACUUUGGCUUUAAAUCCUUCCCCUUUGACUCCUAAAACUUGAAGUUCGUCUAAUAAACAAUUUAUAUUAGAGGGCACAAAACAAACAGAGGAGCGGGAAGCUCCUGAGUCUAUUAGAAAAGUAAUAAGUUCAGCUGGGUGCCGUGGCUCAUGCCUGUAAUCCCAGCACUUUGGGAGGCCAAGGUGGGCGGAUCACCUGAGGUCGAGAGUUUGAGACCAGCCUGACCCACAUGGAGAAACCCCAUCUCUACUAAAAAUACAAAAUUAGCCAGGCUUUGUGGCACAUGCCUAUAAUACUAGCUACUUGGGAAGGCUGAGGCAGGAGAAUCACUUGAACCUGGGAGGUGGAGGUUGCAGUGAGCCAAGAUCACGCCAUUGAACUCCAUCCUGGGCAACAAGAACAAAACUCUGUCUCAAAAAAAAAAGAAAGAAAAGUAACAAGCUCAUGUUUUGGUCCCACCUUUAAAUUUACCACGGGCUCUCAGUGGGACUGGAGAUAGAAAAGACAGAGCCCCUGACUUCCUUAUUCUUUAAAUUCCUUAAGUGGUACUUUUUUUUCUCCUUUCUUCAUUCAGGACAUUCUCUUUUGAAAUGACCUAAUUUUCCACACUUGUAACAUUUGUCUUGUCCCUCUCCCUUUUCAGUUUUUGGAGUCUUAGGGUACUGGGUUUGCUUUCCCUUUUUACCUGUCUUUGAGUUCUGUGGCCCCCCUGUCUCAUAUCUUUUGUGAGGCCUGGCAAAUGGAGGCUUAAGCUUGGCCUCUGGUGCAUUCUGUCAGAAAAUUUUUCUUUUUGCUUUGGUUUUUCUUCAUCCCUCUUUACAUAUACUUUUUGAGCUUAUUCUAAGAAUUCCCGUAUAGACUGUGUUUUCCAGUUUUCUAGUUUCUGUAACUUUUUUGCAAUGUCUUGCCAGCUAUUGGUAACAAAAUGUAGCUUUAACAUUUCUUGCCUGCGAGGGUCUUCUGGAUCCAAAUGUGCAUAUUUUCUCAUUUGUUCUCAUAGUCUUUUUAGAAAGUUUAUAGGGCUUUCAUCUUUUUUCUGUUUUAUGUAAAAUGCUCGGGAAAGAUUCUGAGCACAGGGCACUGACUCCAGAAUUCCUUUAUCAUUUCCCUUAUAUCUUUCAUGAAUUUUUAGUGGACUGUGUCAUUGUCCCAUUGAGGAUCUUGGGUCGGGAAUUUCUGGUCUACAAUGGGAACGUUUUGGCUGGAUAGGUAUUUACGUUCCCAAACUCUCAUAGCAGUCCUGCAAAUCAACUGCCUUAUAUAUAAUACUCCAAUAUUACCUGUAAAGUUGUCAGAUGUGUCAUACUGGCUCAUACAAGAUCUUUUGUAUCAUUUUAUAAAACGAUACAAAAGCUGCAAAGCCACCAGCCUGCGUGCUUCCCAUGGGGAAGUUGGGACUUCCUGACAACUGCACAAACUCACAUGGGGGGAUUUCAAUAUCCCAAAGCACGCAGAUUCCUGGUGUGGCUAGACUUGGUGCUGGGGUGCUGCAAAAGCCAGGUUUGAAGCAGAAAGACAAAAAAACCACUCACCUGUGUCAGCCUCGAAUGCUGAAGAACAACCAUGUGUGGGCCUUCAACCCUGUCUGGGUGGGUUCUGGACAGUGGGUGGGGACCCAGCGGGAGAAGGGAAAGGUCAUUGAGGGGGCAGGGCAUGAAAACUGUUGCUGGAGCUGGGCAAGAGGGUGGAGGCUGCUUUGGAAGCUGGGCCUGGUUAGAGGGUGGAGGUGGAGGUAGGGCCUGGAGUUUCAAGCUUCAGCCAUGCAUAGACUAGUCAGCUUCUGGUGUGUGACCAGAACAGGGCUUGUUCCCUCAAGCUUCAGCUGUGCAUAGACUGGUCAGACUCCGUAGUGACUAGAGCAGGCAGUAUUCUUUAGCAGCAGCUUGAUCUCAUCUCAGGAUCAGCCGAGUUGGAUGAUCUGGGUCCUGCUGACUUGUCUUGAGCUGCCAGUUUCAGCUGACUGUGGUGGAUCUAAGGCACAACACCUGCAACUUUAACGCAGCAGGACUGGACAAGAUUACAGUAUAGGGCUUAUAUUGUAUGAGUCUUAGAGAAGUUGGGUUCUACAUAGCUGGUGGCCUUGUAGCUGUGUCAAAAAAAAGAACUGGCUAAAUACAGACAUUUGUAAAACAUAGUCAUGCUUAAGAGACUAGGGAAAUGAGUAACAGUAGAAGAAUUUGUCUUUCUCUCUCUCUCUCUCUUUUUCCUUCACUUUGUUCUGGAAUUUAAAAAGUGUCUAGAGCCCAUUCCUUUAGCCUUAGCUUUUUGGACAGCGUUAUCUUAUAACUUUCCUUGAAAUGAGCUGCUAAGCAGAAGAAAACUUGUUUCUUUUUCUUUUUAACCUUUACUACAAUUCUGUGGGCCAAAGGGAUCAGGAGACAGACAUAGAGCAGUAGAAAACCUGAGACAGAGAAAAGAAGAAUGAGAAAGACUCAUAACACAUGGUAGAGGAUGGUGAGGGAUUUGCCAAGAGAUGGCAAAAGUGAAAAAAAAAGAUAAGAAAGCAGGAGGAGAAAAGCAACUGGAGAAAUGUAGAGAAAAGCUAGAUGUACAGAGACAUGAAGGACAGCAAGGCAGGAAGAGGUGCAGCAAAGAGGGAGGCUCAUCAGAGUGAGAGAGAGGAGGAGGGAUUUGCAGCCAGGACAGACAGAGCAGAGUGGUGCUGGUGGCAAGGAGAACAGAGGAAGAACAACAGCAGGGAACACAGCUGGGAAUCUAGGGUGCCAGAGAGUGGGUACAGAGGGGUAUAACAGGGAAGAGGGACUUUAACAGGGAAAAGAGAGGAGGUGCAGAGAUGGGAGAAGACGUGGAAAUAUAUGGAGAUUGAGGAUGAUUGAAAGACUGGGGAGAAGGAGGAACAAGAGGUUAUAUAAGUUCCAAGGAUGAAGCAGAAGAGGUGGAAGAGAAGGAAUAGAGGUAAGAAGGGAAUAAACAGCAGGAGAAGAGAGGGGUACAGAAUGAGAUGCAGAAUCCCAGGGAAAUAGAAAAAAAAGAGCUAGAGAAGGGGAGAAUGAGGUAUUUACAGAAUUAGGGAGGGAAGCACAGCAAUGAAGAAAGAGGGGCUGGGCACAGUGACUAAUGCCUGUAAUCCCAGCACUUUAGGAGACUAAGGCAAGGGGAUUGCCUGAGUCCAGGAGUUUGAGACCAGUGUGGGCAACAUAGUGAGACCCCCCAAUCUCUUCCAAAAAACAAAAAUUAACAAGGCAUGAUGGUGCACACCUGUACUCACAGCUACUCUAGAGGCCAAGGCAGAUGAGUGAGUGAGUUCAUUGGAUAUGAUUACUUGUGACAUCUUCACUUCUGUGUAUAUAAUAUAAUAAAUAACUUAUUUAAAUUAUACAGAUGAGACUGAGAAUUUUAAAAUUCCUAUCUAUAAGACAUGUACAUUCUAUAAAUCUUGGCAUCAGAGGUUAGUUUCCACUUGGAAUCCCUAUUCAGCCACAGGAUAGUGAUUUAUUCACUUGAGAGUCACUCUUUUCCCUUUUUGCAGGGUGGUGUAGGAAGUGGGGCAGUGAAGUGGGAAAAAAAUCACUUUCUGUUAUUACAUAAUGUGGGAAAUGAGAGGACUGGAGAGAUCAAUGGGUGAAACAUAGGGGUUUUAUUAAGGUGCACACCAGCUCAGUGGACUCACAUCCAGAAAGCUAAGCCCAGAACAAAGACAGAGCUGGGCUUAUAUAGGCAAGCUUACAGAAGCAGGACAAAGACAGUAAAUCAUACAGUGACAGGUUAUGUAAUCUAUACCAUAACUGCUGCCUUGGUAUAACUUGUGGCCUUGCUUAGCUGUGACCUUGCAGAUGCAUCAAAAGAAAAACAGGAACUUACAGAGUUUGCUAAAUACAGACAUGCAGACAUUUGCGAAAAUAGUAAAAAUUAAUGAUUCUGGGAAAGGAGAGACAGUAAAGGAAUUUGUUUUCUUAACCAUGUGUAGUUGAGGGGGAUGUAUCCAGUUUCUUAGACUGGGUCACCACAAACCUUUCUAUGGCCUUUCAUGUUACUAUCCUUGGAGUGAGUUAGCUCAGCAGAGGAAAAUUUGCUUUCUUCUUUAAUUUCUGCCUCAAUAAUACUUUUAAUUUAAUUAACUAAUUAAUAUUUUGAGAUAGCAUCUGGCUCUAUCACCCAGCAUGGAGUGCCAUGGAGUGAUCUCCUCUAACUGUAGCCUUGACCUCCGGGGCUCAAGUGAUCCUUGUACCUUGGCCUCCCGAGUAGCUAGGACCACAGGCGUGAGCCACCAAUCCCAGCUAGUUUUGUUGUUGUUGUUGUUGUUGUUUGGAGAAACGGGAUUUCACUGUUUCCCAGGCUGGUCUCAAAUUCCCUGAUGCAAAGGAUCUUCCUGCCUUGGACCCUCAAAGUACCAGCAUUACAGGGAUUAGCCACCACACCUGGCCUACAUAUAAUUUUUUAAAGGAAUAUCAAACCAUGGUGGCUCAUGCCUGUAAUCCCAGCACUUUGGGAACCUGAGAUGAGCAGGUCACCUAAGGUCAGGAGUUUAAGACCAGCCUGGCCAACAUGGUGAAACCUGGUCUCUACUAAAAAUACAAAAAUUAGCUGGGCGUGGUGGUAUGCACCUGUAGUCACAGCUACUCAAGAGACUGAGGCAUGAGAAUCACUUGAACCUGGGAAGUAGAGGUUGCAGUGAGCCGAAAUCAUGCCACUGCCCUGCAGCCUGGGCGGCAGAGCAAGUCUCCAUCUCACAAAAACAAGCAAACAAACAAAAAAUAAACAAAAUCAAAAACAGGGACAUGAAAACUGCUUUUGUUCUCUUAUGUAAUAGAUUUACUUUAUUUUUUUCUGUUUCCUGUUCAUUUUUCUAUUUUUCUUUCUUUAUCCUUUUUUUGGGUGGGGAGCAGAAUCUCACUCAGUCACCCACACUGGAGUGCAGUGGCAUGAUCUUGGCUCACUGCAACCUCUGUCUCCCGGGUUCAAGUGAUUCUUUUGCCUCAGCCUCCUGAGUAGGUGGCACUACAGGUAUAUGUCAGCACGCCCAGCUAAUUUUUGUAUUUUUAGUAGAGAUGGAGUUUCACCAUGUUGGCCAGGCUGACCUUAAACUCCUGACCUUAGGUGAUCUGCACAUCUUUUCCUCCCAGAGUGCUGGGAUUACAGGCGUGAGCAUCUGUGCCUGGCCAAGAUAAAUCUUAGUUUUCAAAAUUUCUUUUUUAAUACAUAAUCACUUCUGAAAGAUGCCUUUGUUGCAUCCUAUAAUCAGCUCACAUCAUUUUUUUCUGUACAUGUAUGUUUUUCAGUUAUUUUCCUGUUGACCCCAGAAUUUGUUAUAUUUUUUAAAACAAUUUCAAAAUAGUUUCUGUUUGUGUCUGGUUCAGAUCGAGAUGUGCGUGCUUUCUAGUCUUUAUUAUUUAUUGGAAACCUUUGGUACCUAAUGCAGAAGUUUGAUUGUUUCAGUGUGUACCCAGUAAAGAUGUCAGUGACCUUUUACCUUAACAUCAAAGUGUAGUUUAACCAGUUAGUCUAUUUUUCAGUUUUCUUUCCUUAUGUCAUUUGUUAAAAUCUUGAGCUGUAAGCUAUUAAGUGCAUGUUUCCCUCAGGCCCUCUGGUCCAUUCUGGACAAAUGUUGAAAGAUGGGCUGGAUUGGCACGGAACGCUGUUCCAAAAGCACUCUUUUUUUUUUUUUUGAGAUGGAGUUUUGCUCUUGCUGCCCAGACUGGAGUGCAAUGGUGAGAUCUCAGCUAACCACAACCUCCUCCUCCCGGGUUCAAGCUAUUCUCCUGCCUCUGCCUCCCAAGUUGCUGGGACUACAGGUGCCUGUCACUGCACCCAGGUAAUUUUUUGUAUUUUUAGUAGAAAUGGAGUUUCACCAUGUUGGCCAGGCUGGUCUCAAACUCCUGACCUCAGGUGAUCCACCUACCUCGACCUCCCAAAGAGCUGCAAUAUCAGGCAUGAUCCAUCGCACCCAGCCACCCAUGUAUUCUUGAUUGAAAACAUUUUCUCAUGUCUUAGUUCUACAGCUGACCUUCUUUCACUGUUUUCAAGGUCAAUAACUGUGUGUUCACACUUCUGCAUUUUAUAAAUGUUACUGUGAUUUUCUUGUAAUGAAGAAUUAAAUGUUGGGAGUCAAUGG